GUCAAAUUAUCUAACCGUGCCGGAGCAGCACAUCGGCGGGUUGUUUACAAAAGAAUCCUGGGAACUAGUUUCGGUGAUUUGUGGGAUAUUUCCUGUUAUUAAAUUGAGCCGAUAUCCAUCAUCACCGGCCAUUCAAAAUGCGUAUGGCAAGCGCGUUACUGCGAUCCCGUGUACCACAGAACGAAGCGGAUGUUCCCUUCCAGGAAGUUCUGCCGCUGCGAUUAAAAAACCAUGUGAGUGGCAAGACAGACAAAACGAGUGAUGUUGCCUGCCUGCAGGAGAUGGCAGUCCUGUUUUCCUGCCUCAAAACGAACGACUUCAACGAGAGUCUUUGUGCCAAGGAGGUGGGCAAUUUUCAGCGAUGCUAUAAGGUGUUCCUCGACAAGAAGACGGCCAAAAAAGAAACCUCCAGCAAAGGUGUGCUGGUCGCCGGCAAGGAUCUUAAUUACAAGCAGCUAAACAAAGUGCUUAAAAAGUAUCCAACAUCUGCGCAGCAUUAGAACAUGUUUGCAGGAUUGCGAAAGGUUGUUAAAUAAGAUGUUAAAAGUAGUAAAUUGGUGAAAUGUCGCUAAUUUUAGUAUUGUAAAAUAAUUCCUUAAAUUGAACGAAAAACAAUAUCAAAAUCGAUGGUGUGAAUCGGCUAAUAAUUUUGUGUAGUGAAAUAUUUUUUUGCAAAUUUCCCUCCGUGUGACAAAGUCUAGAGCUGAGCGGCGUCUAUGAAUCAGUGUUGAAAUCUUCAGCGAUGGUUUUGAAAUGCGCAAUCGACACGUGCUCAUUACAUUACAUUUCGGAAGUUUGUAUGCACAAAUCGCAAGCAGAACAUAUUCAGGGGCUUAUGCUCAUGGAAUAGAUUCGUUUUAUUCUAACGGAAUAAAUAUACUUGUUUAAGACAA